AUGCCGCCUUUCCCAAUAACCCGUCUACCUGACGCCCAGCGUCUUCAGCUGGACCUCAGACAAAAUCAAGAUGUAGUAACCCUCACCCUGCCCCGCAUCUCGACAACUAUCACCACAAUCGUCACGCUCGGGGGCUCGAAUCCAACACCGACUCCAAAUCCGAAUCCCAUCACCACUUCGCCGAAUCCUCAAAGCACGAGCCCUGUCAUUUCUGGAGGCGGAGGUGGUGGGACGUCGAAUAGCGCAACAAUAGGAGCCAUCCUCGGCUCCCUAAUCGGAUUCCUAGUCAUCAUGCUCCUCCUCUUCUGCUGCUGCUCGAACAACGCUACCUUUUCGUGGCCGUGGUUUGCGUUUUGGCGACGAGGGGGCAGUGAGAGUAGUGGGGAUAGUUAUUAUAGUUAUGAUGAUGUUAGUGAGGUGAGGGUUAGAGGUGGAGGGGGUGAAAGAAAGAUGGCUUUUGGGGUGACGAGGCCGGGGAAGGUGAGGGUUGGGAGGAGGAGGGGGGAUGCGGUUAGGGUUAAGAGGACGAUUGAUGAGAGGGAUAGGGGAAGUGAGAAGGGUGGAGGCUUGAAGGGCGGUGGGGGGAGAGAAUGGGGUGAGAGGGAGCUGGGACAUGAGAGGGAUGGAGGUUUGAAGGGUGGUAAUAGGGGAGAGAAUGCGAGGAAUGCAAAUAUAAGAGAUGGUGGGGUGAGAGGGAGUGAGAGGGAUGGAGGUUUGAAGGGUGGUGGUGGUGGUAGAAGAGAAUGGGGAGAAAAGGAGAGUGUCCGGAAGGGAAGUAUAAGGGGUGGUCCUACAAGAGGAGGUGUGAGUGAGAGAAGUUAUAGGAGGAGGAGCGUUGAGAGGAGACGAGAUGGAUGUUGGGGACGCUUCUUACGCGGGAACGCAAGGAGAGAAAGAGUCGUUGAGAGGGAUCGACAUAGCUGGGCAGGGAAGAGGGAGAGGGAGUUUGAUGACGAGUUGGAGUAUGUGGAUGAUUGA